UCUUCAAUCUUUCUCAUAUUCCCUUUAAUCAAACUAAAGGUCUAGAUAUUUCGAUGAUGUCAACACAGACUCUACACGGUUUAUACGCUCUUCCUCCAUUGAUUCAUUUCAACCAGGAAUCCAGUCUCAGAUCAGUCUAAUAACUAUUUGUUUCCCUUUCUACAAACAGGAGAUGAUUGACUGAUUGAUUAAUUGGAAGUGAAAUAAGAAUGGGUUUGGAUGAUAAUAGAGAUGGAACAAGUUUUGAUGAGAUUGAACUGUCUGAUGGGGCAAAACCCAUCAAGAAGGGUCAAAGUCCAAUAAGUGUUUCUGUAUCCAGAAAGGGACUUGUAACCGGAGACCCACAAAAUGGGAUGAAAAAGAGCUCGACUGGUCUAACCCAUAAAUUCAACUUCCUAAAAUUCGGGUCUUUAUCUUCUCCAUCUGUGAAAUUCCAGCGCUUUGCCAAGGGAAGAGAUGAUAUCUCUCGCAGAGUUCCUUCUUCCACUAGUGAGAAACUUAAAGAAAGGUUCCGUAGGGUAUUCUCCGGUAAAAUUAAUAUGAAAUCUCUUUGUGAAAUGGGUAAAGAAUGGAUAAGGAAUCCCAUGAACAUGGCUUUAUUCGUUUGGAUACUUGGAGUUGCUGUCUCUGGUGCUAUUCUCUUCCUUGUCAUGACAGGAAUGUUAAACGCAGCCUUACCCAAAAAGUCCCAAAGAGACACAUGGUUUGAAGUCAACAAUCAGAUCCUCAAUGCCUUGUUUACUUUGAUGUGUCUAUACCAGCACCCAAAACGGCUAUACCACCUUGUGCUUUUGUUGAGAUGGAGACCAGAAGACAUUUCAAGACUUCGAAAAAUAUACUGCAAGAACGGGACUUAUAAGCCACACGAGUGGGCGCAUAUUAUGGUUGUUGUGAUUCUCCUGAAUAUUAACUGUUUUGCUCAAUAUGGGUUAUGUGGUCUUAAUCUCGGGUAUAGGAGAUCGAACCGACCCGCCAUUGGAGUUGCAGUAUGCAUUUCUUUUGCAAUUGGUGCUCCUGCAAUUGCUGGUGUAUAUUCAAUGGUUAGCCCGUUGGGGAAAGAAUACGAAUUUGACUUUGAUGAAGAGUCUCAAACUGAGACUUCGACUGCUGAUCGAAGGGCAUCGCUUGAACGGAGAUUUUCAUUCGCGACAAAGGAAGAGAGUCGGGUUAUUGAGACACAGCCUAAAUGGAGUGGGGGAAUAUUUGAUUUUUGGGAUGAUAUAUCAAUGGCAUAUCUUUCUCUAUUCUGUAGCUUCUGUGUUUUCGGUUGGAAUAUGGAGAGACUUGGUUUCGGAAAUAUGUAUGUGCAUAUUGCAACAUUUCUCUUAUUUUGCUUGGCUCCGUUUUGGAUUUUUAACUUAGCCGCGAUUAAUAUCGACAAUGAAAUGGUCAGAGAAGCUCUCGGAAUUACAGGAAUAUUUCUUUGCAUAUUCGGCUUGUUAUAUGGAGGAUUUUGGCGGAUUCAGAUGAGAAAGAGAUUUCAUUUACCUUCUUAUAGUUUUUGUUGUGGUAAACCAGCUAUUGCUGAUUGUGCUCUCUGGCUUUGCUGCUGCUGGUGCUCUCUAGCUCAAGAGGUUCGAACAGGAAAUGCUUACGAUAUUAUGGAAGAUAAGUUUUGUCAUAAGCAAGAUAAUGAUGAAGGAUUGGACUCUCAAUCUCCUAUGCUUUCUCCCUUGCCUCGUGAAGAUGGGGAGAGGCAGUAUAGGUCUGGUUCAAGUUCUCCAUUUAGGAAUGUAUUGCCUCCAGCUAGCUUUUCGAGUCCUAAAAGAGUUGAACUUCCGAAUAGCCAACCUUCGUCAGUGGAGGAGGAGAAACCUAGCACGAGAAUGGACGAUAAAACAAUGGAGGUGCCUGCUCCUAUUUUUAUAGUAAGAGAUAGUAAUUGAGCUUCCAUGUUGGCUUAUGUUUAGCCAUAUGUUCAAAUCUGUAAAUCUUUGUUGUGUUGAAAUUUUUAUGCAUAUUAAUGUACUACUAUUGUGUUUUCUUGUAGUUUGUACUGAGAAAUUUGUUUUCUGUUAUGAACAUGUCCUUUUGAAUUGUUGAAUACCGAUUAAUUAUUCAAUGCGUGUC